AUGGGGAGUUCUACGCAGAACCAAUCCUCACAUACAACGAUCCUAACCUUCCCCAACUGUUUGUUCGACCGGCAGAAGGUGGAAAACCUUUUUGAAGUGAUCCUCACUGAUGGUUUUGGUGCCAAAGCAGGAUCCGGUACCUCAAGGCAGUUGACGGAAUAUGAGUCCAAACAACGAGACCAACAGCAUUACCGGGAGGCUAGCGAUCAGCGUAGAUUACUACAAUUGAAACUAGAACGUGUCGAGGAUUUGAAUGCAACCUAUAUGGCGACCCUUGAGAAUGGAUUUAAAAACCUACGUCAUCUCGCAACAACCACUGAUGUACUUGCACGUGUUCAAGCCAAUCUUGAGCAAAAUCAGUUUUCGCCCACUGACGGGAUUUGUGUCGAGCUCAUUCGCCAAGUAGUUACCAAACACCAAACAACUUCAAUUCUUGCCGAUGUACUUAACAUAAUGGCGGAAGUUAGAUCUAUUGUCCAAUCUCAACCUAAGGCACGAUGCAUGUGCAGCAUGACAAAUUGUUGGACGAGUCACAUGCCCAGGCUACACCCGGUGGAGGAGAUUGUUGUUCGACCAUGUCCACCUCUCCUACGAUGUGAAAAUCCACACAGUGGUGAUCAAACAACAGCAGUUGCCGGUGAUGGUGAGGUUCUGUCCGAGCGACGCUCUCAACUUUCUCCUUUGGUAGAUCCGUCUUCCACAGGCGCAGUUGAAGAUUCUGUUGAUGCCACUGAUGGUGCCGUUCCAAAAACAACCAGCCCCGUCCAAGAAGCAACCAUCCCCGUCCAAGAACCAACCAUCCCCGUCCAAGAACUUGAACAUGGUGACAAUCAACUUGAGGCAAAUGUGGAGGGUGAGGGCCCACAUGUUUCUCCAAACGAGUGUCAUGAAGAUGAAGAGUCCCCCAAAUCGUCCAAAGUUAAAACUAAAAACGAUGCCUAUGCGCCGGUCCAUCUCCCCUAA